CAAAACCCAAACUAUUUCAACGUUAAAACUUAUAAUCACAAAAAAAUAAAUAUUUAACGAAACAAACAAACACUUUUAAAUAUAUAAAACUAUUGAACAUAUUCAAAGGUUCAUGUUAUCCAGCAAUAUUUAAGUUAAUUGACUUCAAUAAUGGUCAGCACAACAUUGACGACAAUUGCUGCUGGAAAAACUACUAGUGGCAUUAAUAAUUUGCAUUCAUCGACAGCAACCUCAUCAACAUCACCUGAGAAUUACACCACAAUAGAAACCACAAAUCGUGCACAUUAUCAACCGAGAUCAAACUCCUCAUCAUCAUCGUCGCAACAACAGCAACAUGUUUCAUCAUUAGCAUCGCCAACAGCACACAAUAGUUUUUACUACAGUCGACAACAUACCACUGAAGGCAAAACAGCCAUAAAUGGUAACGAUAAUCUUAACGAUUCGACUGAAUUUAACCACAACACAAAAUUCUACCAAAGAGAGCAAAUUCAACAACAACAGCAACUGCUAAGAGAGCAGCAACAAAAAUAUUUCAACGGCAAAACGACUAAUGGCGAAACCGCAAAACACGAGACCACCACAACAGCAACUACAAACACAGCAGCAUCAGCAGUAAAUUUGUCACAGGCUCUACUCUCUCCCUCACCACCCAUUAAAGAUCAAAUUUCAUUGUUAUUUCCCAAGUGUAGACCAAAAACCGCCAAUAAUAAUUCCAGCUUAGAAUCGUCACCCACAGAUGGCAAUUCAAACGUGGCGAGAGAAGAUCACACAAUUCGUUCAAACAGUAAUUCAAAAUUGAAUCAUAAACUACAAAACGGUGAAGUAGAAAAUCUAGAUUUGCAACAACAACAACAAAAUAAUCUAAAUACCAACAACCAUUAUUAUAGAAGUGUGAAUAUAAUCACACAAUCUCCACCUCCCCACUCGGUGUCUUCAAUAUCUUCGGAAUCGUUGUCAUCGGUAACACCCAGAAUUUCCACAAAUCCCUUUCUUUGCUCUACCCUGCUAACCACAGAAGAAACUGAAGAAUCUACCAAACGCCGAGAUUACGAAGAACUGAAACAUUUGCAGCAGCAAACUUUAGACGAUAGUCGUAAGCUCUCGGAGCCAGUAGCAGAAGAAGAGGAAUUACCUGUGCCUAAUUACGCACCAUUUUAUUAUCACACCUCAACUACUAGUCCGCCAACCACAGACGUGCGUAAUCAUAACGAAGACUUAAGAGAAAGAACCCCUACUAGUCCCACAUCAAGGGAACUACUACAACGUAAACAUAACGAGGAACUACGUGACAGAACAAUUCACGAAAUGCCGCGUAAACGUUCUCAAUAUGAGCGUUAUCAUCACAUACAGGCGGUCAAUGGUCAAAACUAUGCCAGAGAAGAAAAGCCUUACAAUCAUCUAAAUCAUGCGGAAAUUUUAAAUGCUGUACAGCAGCAUCAGCGUAAUGUUGAACAACAUCAACAGCAACAGCAGCAGCAUCAUCAUUCCCAGCAGAAUGGUCAUCAGUCUUCAAAUCAAAAUCCGUUUGUUAAAGACAACUACUGGGAAACGAGGCAAAAUACAACUCCCACUUCAACCGUCUUAAAUUCCCCAGAUUAUAGUGGCAAUAAUGGUUCAAUAGAAAUAGAAGCACGUUCCCAUAACAGACGUUCUAUAUAUCAGCAACAGCAACAACUGCAGCAGCCACAGCCAGAACAACAUAUACAACACACCGCACAGCAACAGCAACAACAACAACAGUCACAGCAGCAAACUACCUAUAUAGGAAGACAACAGCCUCCCGUAACAUCACACCACAUAAGACUCGGGCGCAGUCCAAAUAGUGAUGCUACAUAUCAAGAUACCGCCAACAAUACAGCUAAUACAGCAGCAGCUAAUACCACACAAAAACGUAACAACUACAAUACACAACAGCAACAGCAACAUAACCUACAUAAAUCCAAUCCUUGCUCUGAAGGCCUAACUCCCCUAGCCGCCCAAUAUCUGUAUGGCAGCAAAACUUCGCUACAGGAGUCAUCAUUGAAUCAUCAAAAUGAUUGGCCCGAAAAGCGAGAUAUUAAUCAUGAUCGUUCCGAGCGCUGUUUGGCACGAGAACGUGAUCGUGAACGUGAAUUAAGAGAACAACGUAGUAAGACAAUAAAUGUAGAACGUGAACGAGAACGUUAUAUUAAUGCCGCUUUGGUUAGAGAAUCAGUGGGAGAACAAACAGCAACAACAAAUAAUGCAAUGGAAAUAAGGGAUAGACGUGAUCGGGAACGUCAUACUUAUGCAACACAGCAACAUCACCAUUUAACACAAAAAUAUCAACAACAACAACAACAGCAGCAACAGCAUAAAUCAAGUCAGUAUCAACAUCAUCCAACAAAAUCGCAUCAGCAACAACAGCAACAUAAUCAAGCGCAACGUCAAUUGAACGAUGAACGUUUAAAUAGCAACAAUGAUGUGCUAUAUGAUGAUAUGACUGAAAGUUGGCAAAAUUUACGCGUUACUACCGAUUCAUCUUCACAAAUCAAUAAUACACGUUCUCUUGUAUCGGAUACAAAAUCACACAUUGAUUCAUCAUCCACAUCAUCGGCAGUGAAUUCUGUUUCCAAAAAAUCACAUUUAUUAAGUGAUGUUAAGGACGAUAAACAUAUUGUGACUGUUGGCAACAGCAGUAAUUGUGAUGUGGAUACGUCGUCAUUCAAGGAGCAUCACAAUAAAUAUUUGGAGAAAAACCACACAAUUAAUGUGGAGACACGUCAUGGUAUUAUAGAAUAUGAGGGUUCACCACGUCGUAUUGGACAAAUGGGUAAUACGAAUGAUGAGGAGCAUAUUCCGAGAGUAAACAAUAAAUUAUCACAAAAUCUAACAACAGCAACAACAGCGGUAACAGCAACAAAAAGCAAUCAUCAUAAUGUCAUUGCUAUGACAACAGCAGCCGCAGCAACAACAGCAGCAGCCACAAAUGCGACAACAAAUUCUCCUAAACAACAACACUAUGCAGCAAGACCAGGUUUUCCACAGCGUAUCAUAUCGCCCCAACGUGAGAGUACACCACCGAUUAUGUUGCUAAAUUAUAAUAGCAAACAACAACAGCAGCAGCAGAUGCAGAUGCAACAACAUCAACAUCAACAGCAACAACAGUUUAACUCUCAAACGCUGCCACAACAGUCACCAACUACGGAUAACAAUGCCGAAGAUACCAGCAAUGAUGUAUCGGAAAUUGGUACAAUAUCAGAUCUGACUGCACCGGAGGCCAUUUCAACAGCUAACAAUUUAUUAGUUGGCAGCAGUGGAGUUGGCGCAGCGGCCAGUGUUAGCAUUGGAGGCAGUGGUGGCAUUGCCAAUGACCGUCCUCCCACACCACCACCGAUCGACCAGGAUAUGGAUAUUAUUGGUGUUGAGCGAGGAGGAAUGGUCACAACAACCUCUUCUCUAACAACUAGCUGUACGACACCAACAACAACUGCUGCUAUAGCGGCUGUAGUAGCCGCUGCAACGGCAAAUUCAUCAACCGCAGCAGCAGCAGCCGCCACAACAAUGACACAUUUAAAUAUUGCCAAUGCAUCGAUGGCAGCAGCCAAUAUGAUGAACAGCAGUAAUCCCUUGAGUAUACCCACAAAGUCAUCAACCUUUGAUUACCUUUAUGAAUUCUCGGAAACUCGCAAGGUACUCGAAGAGUUCUUUAAGUGCCCCUCAAACGAUGACAAGCCCAUCAUUGAAAAUAGCAGUGAUGUUGAUAGUAUUGAUAUACAAUAUGAAUUCCAUACAAAUCUAGGACGUGACAUUGAGGAAGAUGAAGCAGAUGGUGAUGCGGAAGUUGAAGAUGAUGAGGAUGAUAUACAAUUGGACGUUGAAAACGAAGAGGAUGAGGAGGAAGAUGAUGAGGAUAACAAUGAUGAAACACCACAACAUCAUCAGCAUUCACAGCAACUGCAGCAGCAACAACAUUAUCAUCAACAGCAGCAACAUCAUACACCUUUACAAACCACCACCAACAGUCAUCAUAAUCAGCAUCAUAGUCAUCAACAGAACAAUCAUCAUCAACAACAACAUCAUGUUAAUUAUCGCAAUCACUUGCAGUCGCCAACACAAUUUUCCUAUCGUCCUUACAAUGAGAAUGGCGAUGGCGAGGAUGACAUUGAUGAUGUUGAUAUCAAUCAUGAUAUUUUGGAUAUUAACGAACAUGAUGAUGAUACCAAGCUGCAUCACCAGCAGGACGUUGAUGGCGAUGGUGGCAGCAUUAUAGGCAUUGAUGAACACAAUCAUCAUAAUUUCUCAUUAAUGAACAAUCGCCAUAACGCACGUCAUCACAAUGCACGACGUCAUUUCACUGGCAGUCCGUUGAUGCGUGAUUUUGACUUCUUUUUGGAUUCGGCAAGUCGCAGUAGUUGCGAACAAAUCGAUCAACAAAUCGAUGGCAUCAAUCAUAAUCAAAUGAACACAAAUUCCCGGCAAAAUUAUCGCUAUUCACCGGAGACAACCGAUUAUGAUUCAAAUUGUGGCGAUUUAGACAGUCUUUCUGGUGAAUUAAAUGGUGGCGUUUCCACAUCAUGCUCGAAUUAUGCGGCUAAAUUUUAUGCCGCUUCCGCUAUGCCUAUACUUGAAGAUGGCCUCUCUUCGGGUCACACAUCGGAUACUGAGAACAACAACCAAAAUAAUCUAUUAAAUCAACAGAAUUCAGCUAUACAUCAUACACCCCUGGGUGGUGGCAUUUCCAUGCUAAUGGACAUGAAACGCGUUUCAACCAACAAUAGCAUAAACAGCAUGAGUAAUGUAACAAUAUCAGCCGCAGAAGUAAGCAGUGUAGGCGUUGAGAAAUUAACUACCAUGACGAACAAUAUCAUACAUGAUACAUCAUCAUAUAUGCGUAAAAAUGAAAGUCCUAUAAAUGGUUUGUUGGAGGAUUCUGGCAGAGAGUCGGUAAGAUCCAAACCUGAAAUGAGAGAUACACGAGAAAGGGAGCUGAUAGGACAAAGUCCUCAAAGUGCGAUAAGCAAUAAUAAGGUGUUUAAAAAUAUUGAUCCAGAUUUGGAUUCUUUAUAUUCAAUAAGUGUUUUUCAUCGCAAUGAUAUGGUGCAAAUGACACCACCACCUCCGGCUCCUGCUCCACAUCGUAAACCCAAUGUUCUUUCGGCCGAGCCUGAUAUUUUACAACCAACUCCUUACAGGGAUAUGACACGUACGGGUACGAACAAUUCGAAUUCGCCCACUAAAGGGAACACUACUACCACCUUGACAUCGACUAGCAAUAGCAGUAGUAGUGGCCUACAAACGAAUACCUCGCCAACAAUUAAACGUACAGCACAACCACAACCACCACCAUUGCCAGAACGUAAUGUUCAACGUUCUCCAUCGCCUGUGAUGAAUUCUCCUGUUUGGCUGUCACGCCAUCUAGAUGUUAGUGCCAGCAAUAAGGCCCUAUUGGAAUCCUCGGAAAAUCAUUCGAAAAACUUAAGUGCUGAUGAAGAUGAUGUCGAUACCGACUUAGAGACCGAUCGUCUUUUGGGACACCAGAGGCUUGAUGAUCAGGGCUAUUACGAUGAAAACAAAUCGUGGGAUCGUAAACCAGCGAGAUCUUUGCUUUCGAAGAUCUCACCUAAACAGGUGCCCAGCACCAAAACCCGUAAUGGUUACAAUGCUUUGCUCUCGUCAACGCCCGAAAUCCCACCGCCAAUACCGCCGAAAAAUUCAUCCAACAAAUUACUCGAUAUUGGUGGUUCAUUAUCAUCAUCGGAGCACAGCGAUAAGUCUCCCAUCAAAUCUAUUGACAUACAAGAUUGUGGCCUCACUUUGGGUUCACCCGGCGGCUCCGAGACUUCAGGUUGUCUCAAAAAGGAAAUCGACAAUGGCAUUGGACCCACCAGUGGCAAUAGCAGUACGGCCAGCGGUAAUGGUGUAAAUAGUGCAACUGGCAAUACUGGCGGCAAUGGCAGUAGUAUCGGUUCUGGUUCCGGUAGCACUACAGGCGAGAAAAAAGUUAAAAAGAGUAAGAACAAAGAAGGUGGUGCAGUGUUAAUCGAAGGUGUUCUAUUUCGUGCAAAAUAUUUGGGUUCUACGCAGCUGGUGUGCGAAGGUCAGCCCACCAAAUCGACCAGAAUGAUGCAGGCAGAAGAGGCAGUUUCUAGAAUUAAGGCUCCCGAUGGUGAUGUACAACCCAGUACCGAGGUCGAUUUAUUUAUAUCAACUGAAAAGAUAAUGGUUUUAAAUACGGAUUUAAAAGAAAUCAUGAUGGAUCAUGCACUACGUACUAUUUCCUAUAUAGCCGAUAUUGGCGAUUUAGUAGUAUUGAUGGCUCGUCGUCGCUUUGUGCCUCAAGAUAUUGAUGAUGCCCCCAAACCGAAUCGAACGCCCAAAAUGAUAUGUCACGUUUUUGAAAGUGACGAAGCACAAUUUAUUGCCCAAUCGAUUGGCCAAGCCUUCCAGGUGGCCUAUAUGGAAUUCCUUAAAGCGAAUGGCAUUGAAGACCAUCGUUUUGUCAAAGAAAUGGACUAUCAAGAAGUGUUAAAUAGUCAGGAGAUAUUCGGUGAUGAAUUGGAAAUUUUUGCUAAAAAAGAGCUACAAAAGGAGGUGGUGGUGCCUAAGGCAAAGGGUGAAAUUUUGGGUGUAGUAAUUGUGGAAUCCGGUUGGGGUUCAAUGCUACCUACGGUUGUCAUAGCAAAUCUUAUGUCCACUGGUGCGGCGGCUAGAUGUGGUCAAUUGAAUAUUGGCGAUCAAUUAAUAGCUAUAAAUGGUUUGAGUUUAGUUGGCUUGCCUCUCUCAACGUGUCAGACAUACAUAAAGAAUACCAAAAAUCAAACUGUAGUCAAAUUCACCGUUGUACCUUGUCCGCCAGUGGUAGAGGUUAAAAUUAAAAGACCCGAAACUAAAUAUCAACUUGGUUUUAGUGUACAAAAUGGUGUGAUUUGUAGUUUACUUCGUGGUGGCAUUGCCGAAAGAGGUGGAGUACGCGUGGGCCAUCGUAUUAUAGAAAUAAAUAAUCAAAGUGUGGUGGCUGUACCGCAUGAGAAAAUUGUAAAUCUUUUAGCCACUUCAGUUGGAGAGAUACUUAUGAAAACCAUGCCUACAUCUAUGUUCCGCCUAUUAACCGGUCAGGAAAAUCCAAUUUAUAUAUAAAUACAAUUUGUGUUAAGGCAAGUCAAAGUCAUCUAUAAAACAAAAAACAACCAAAUAUGGCAGUAAAAAUAACUGAAGUCUCUAGAAUAUUUAAGGUACAUAAUAAAUACAUACAUACAUAGUCUCUCGUAUAAAUAUAUAUACUCGUAAACUAAUUAUAUACAUACAUACAUACUUACAUAAAUACAUAAAUAUAUUUAACUGUAAAUCUUGGUCAUGUACUAAUACAUACAUACAUAAAACACUAACAUAUACAUACAUUUGUAUAUGUAUUUAUAUAUAUAUACAAAACAUACUAACAAACUAUAUAAAUUGUUAACUAAAUAAUUGAAUUAAGAAAACUUAAUUAAUUUGAAAUUGAUUAGUAUUAAACCUUCUAAGAAAAAGCUAAAAAAAAAACAAAUUCUAACAAAUUAUGUUAACAAAAAAAACUCUUUUUUUAAAUAUAGACGUCCAUAAAUAGAGCUAAAAUUUUCAAAACAAAAAAACAAAAUGCUUCAGAAGUAUUACAAAAAAAAAAACAAACAUUUAAUACCACUAGUUCCACUUUGAAAAUUAAAAAAAAAAAAUAAGAAAAAAACUAUAAAAAUAAAACUCCAUUUAUAACUAAAAUUUACUAUACAUAAUAAACAAACACUCGCUUUAUUUCUCUUCUUGUUUUUUUCUUAAGAAAAAAUAAUAAUUAUUAUUGAAAACAAAAUAAUAUUGAAAUGAAAUGAAAACAAAGAUACAACACAAAGAAAAAUUAACAACAAUGAUGACCUUUUUGAAUGGAAAAUUUUAGCGUCCUUUAACAUAAAUAAUUACAUAAAAAAAGAAAACAAAUUAUAUGUGUAGCUUAGUUAUUAUUUUAUAGUUUAAAAAGGCAAAUUAAGUAAUUAACAAAUUAACAAAACACUCCUCCUGCUCCUAUUUAAUGUUCCAAACUUUUCCCAUUCCCAUAUUAUAAAAUCAAUAAGUAUUUAUAAUUUUCUUUAUUUAAAAAAGAAAAAAAAACGAUUUAUUUAAGAUGAAUAGAUACUGAAUUGUUACAUUGUAUCCUCAUUAAUAAUAUACAUACAUACAUACUUACUUAUAUAGAAUGAUUAAAAUGUUUAUAAGAUAUAAAUCUACUAUAAUUUUUUAUAAUUACUACUGACUUACAUAUACAACAUAUUUCCGCAAGUGUAAAGACUCAAGUUAGAAAUUUUAAAAUUAAAAAAGGGAUAUUUGUCCGACAAACAUUACGUACCCAUUACACUAGGGUGGCCCAUAUUUUUCACUUUAUGGGAUUUCCGAUGCAUCUAAGAUCUAAAAUUGUUCUCCGUUAUUUAAAAACCAAAUAUGGAAAAUUUGAGCAAAAUCUAAUAACAUUUAGAGGUUGCACAUUUUAUUUGAAGUUUGGAGUUUUGGUCAAAAGUAGCAAUAUUCUCAAAAUUAAAUGUUGAAAAAAUCCAAUUAAAAAAAUCACAAAAUUUAAAAUUUUUCAUUUUCAAAAUAGUUUUUAAACAAAAUUUCAAAAACUUUAUAAAAUUAUUUUCCAUUCUUAUUGAUAGGUUAAAAGGUUAGAGUGAAGACCGAUUUGAAAUUGGCGGAUUUCGAGCAAAUCAAAUUAAUCACAAACUUGUUAAAAUUAAAAAAAACAUUCCAUGGUUUACUUUCUAAUAUUUAAUAUCAAUUUUAACUUAAUUUGUUUCAACAUUUAAUUGGGAAACGUGAAAUUGUAGAAACUCGUUUCUAACUAUAUAUUUAAGUUAAACUUAGUUUUUCAAAUAGCUUAUUUUCAGUGUAAAAAGGAAGUUUUUGAUUUUUUUGAAUAGUAGGUAGAAAGCUGUUGCUUGAUCGUGAAAUUUUAGAAACUUUUUAGAAACGCUUCUAAUUAUAAAACUAUUAGAUGUAUUCAAAUGAAACUUAUUUUAUUAGAUAGCUAAUUUCUUUACGCUUCCAAUGAGUGCAAAAUCCGUUAAGCCAAAUGAAAGUUAUGACCACUUGAACCCAAUAUUUCCAUGUCAUAAAGCCGACGAUAUCGGGUUUUUCUCCAAUCAAAAUAACUUGGAAAAUUAUGGCCUAACCAUUUUUUGGUUCCAGGAGAUCAGAAUUGAGUAGUAGGUUGAAAUUGUAAAUUUAAAAAUGUUUAAAUGCUUAUAAAUUUUGAACGGCUUAACCGAUUUUAGUGAUAUUGGUAUCAAUGAAAAGCUCUUGAAUUCGGCUUUCUCCUCAAUAUGAAAAAUGUUUUUAACGCUUACCAUAAGUGGUUGUUGAAGCGUGAUAUUUUAGAAACUCGCAUCUAAUUAUAAAAAUAUUUGAUGUAUUCAAAUGAAACUUAUUUUAUCAGAUAGCUGACUUCCUUACACUUCCAAUGAGUAACAACAUCAUGGGAAUCCGUUAGCCCAACUGAGAGUUAUGACCACUUAAACCCAAUAUUUUCAAUUUCAAAAAAUUGUUUUCGGUUUUCCUCCAUUAAAAAUGAUUGUCGAAAUAUUAUUUGGUACUAGGAGAACUUAAUUGAAAUUACAUAACAAUUAUUUUUAAACGCUUGUAUUGAUAUCAAUGAAAAGCACAUGAUCUCAGCUUUCUGCUUAAUGUUUUUAGCAUAAUAUCGCUACAUGCUAUAGGCAGUUUUGCUUUAUAAAAGCAAGGUUAAACAUUAACCGAUUUUGCUCAAAAUUUCAUCAUUUAAUUUAUAGAUGACGAAGAACAAUUUUACCUUUGGGUAGCAUCGAAAAUUUAAAUAAUAGCCAAAAUAUGGGUACAAUUACACAUUCCAAAUUAACUUACUUGCCAAUAUACAUACUUAACUGAUUUUCAUAUUACUCUUUCAAAACAUUCUGCAUUCGUUAAUAAAUUGAAUAAAACAAAAUAUGUAUUUACAUUAGAGUCUUAUAUUUCAAAUUUAUGGCACAAUUUGAUUACAUCUGCCAUAAUUUAAUGAGAAGCACUACUUAAUGACCAUUGGGUUCUUUUUUUCGCACAAAUUUCCAACAGUUUAUCUUAGUAUACUGGCUUCUAAAAUAUUAAUCAAGGCAACUUACGCCUCCUGCAAAUUUUAGCUUUUCAAUACACCCAAACUGGAUAUUUAUCUUAUGGUAAAUUUGUUUAAACUAGUCAACGCUAACAAAAGAACUCAUUAGAUAAAUAUUUGAACAGGGAUUGGUAUAGAAGACAAAAUGCCAUUAUAUUAAAGCGAAUUCUUUAGAAUUUGUUAAAGUUAUUAUUGAGUUAUGUAAUACGGAUUUACAUGCCUAAAUAUACACAGAUACUGACAAAUACAAACCUUAGGCCAUAUUUAUUAAACGAAAAAGAAAAUAAAUAGAAACCAAAGCUUAGUUUCAAUGUUGUAAUUAAUUAAUUAAUUUAUAUUUAUAAAAAAUAUAUAUAUAUAUUUGUUUAAAUACCGUAAAAUAAAAGACAUUUAAAAGAAAAUAAUGUAAUAACCAUAUUUACAAAUUAAGAAACAUACUAAAACAAAUAACAAAUUAAAUUCUUUUAUAAUGACAAUUCAAUGUUGUUUAAGUAUUUAAAGUUACAUAUUUAAUACAAAAAAAAAAUAUUUAAAAAAAAGAAGAAAUUUAUAAUAAAAUCAUAUUUACGAUCAAACAAA